AUGCCGUUCAUGGAUCAGCCCGAGACCAAUGGCAAUGGCAAUGGCAACGGCCACUUGAUGGAACCCAGGGAGCUCUGGUGUCCUUCGAACCCUGAGCUGACCCAGAUCUAUCAAUUUAAAAACCGCAUAAUCCAGAAACACGGCCUCUCGCUCCAGAACUACGACGAUUUAUGGGAAUGGAGCAUCCGCAGCCCCGCCCUCUUCUGGGAGGAGAUAUGGCAUUAUACCGGCGUCAAGGCGCAUAAAUCUUAUAACAGCGUAUUCGAUGAGAGCGCGCCUUUGUUCCCACGGCCGUCGUUCUUCCCAGGCUCGUUGCUGAACUUUGCAGAGAAUCUGCUCUUCCCGACUUGCAACCCCAACGAGGACGAUAUCGCAGUGAUAUCUGCCACAGAGUCCACCCGUGAGAGUAUCUCAUGGAAGGACCUUCGUGAGCGAGUGCGUGUUUGCGCUCUUGCUUUAGAAGCAGCCGGUGUCGUUGAAGGGGACCGUGUCGCGGGUUUCGUGGGAAAUCAUGCCAACACCUUGAUUGCCAUGUUGGCUGCGACCUCGUUGGGUGCGCUGUGGAGCGGUGUGUCGACUGAUACGGGCGUGCAUGCAGUUCUGGAACGGCUGCGACAGAUCGAGCCCAAGGUGCUUUUCGUGGAUAAUGGAGCAGCGUAUAACGGAAAAGUCCACCCAACUCACUCCAAGGUUGCGGAGGUGGCCGCUAAUCUGGAUUGUCUGGACCUGGUUGUCGUUAUCGAUGCCGUCAAGGACUAUCCAUUUGAUAUUACAACAACCAAGUCUCCAAAGGGGAAGUGUGUGACGCUGCAGGACUUUGUAUCUUCCGCAAAGGACCUAUCGAAGCCACUGGAGUUCAAAUAUCUCGCUCCCGACCACCCAGUUUACAUUCUCUACUCUUCAGGCACAACCGGAGCGCCGAAACCCAUUGUCCACGGAGCCCUCGGUACUCUGAUACAGCAUAAGAAAGAACAUGUUCUUCACUGCGACAUGCGCCCGGGUGACCGCAUGUUUUACUUCACAACCACGACGUGGAUGAUGUGGCACUGGCUUGUCUCCGCCCUCGCCAGCGGCACAAGUAUAGUGCUAUACGACGGAUCUCCAUUCCGUCCUCUUGACCCUGAAAACGGCAAGGGAGACAUGGCCAUGCCCCGUCUGAUUGACGAACUCCAGAUCACACACUUUGGAACCUCGGCGAAAUACCUCUCCGUGCUGGAGCAGAACUCCUUGAACCCCAAGGAACACCCAUUCAGACCUGUAACUCUCAAGACCCUGAGAGCUAUCUUCAGCACUGGGUCGUCCCUUGCCCCUUCAACAUUUGACUAUGUCUACUCCUCCAUCCACUCAGACAUAAUGCUAGGUUCUAUCACCGGAGGAACAGACAUCAUCUCCCUCUUCGGUGCCAGCUGCCCCAUCCUCCCCGUUCACCGCGGUGAAAUCCAAUGCCGUGGCCUCGGAAUGUCGGUUUCCGUCUACGAUUAUGCCGGAAACGACAUCGGUGCCUCCGACGACGCCGGUGAUCUUGUCUGUCUCAAGGCCUUCCCUUCACAGCCAGUCAUGUUCUGGCCUCCAGGCCCCGUCGGCGCAGAGAAGUACCGAUCCAGCUACUUCGAGACCUUUGGGCCCAAGAUCUGGCAUCACGGAGACUUCCUCCGCAUAAACCCCCAGUCCGGCGGGCUGGCCAUGCUGGGACGCAGCGACGGCGUGUUGAAGCCAGCUGGUGUCCGUUUCGGGAGCGCGGAGAUCUAUAACGUUAUCCUCAAGCAUUUCGCCGACGAGAUCGAAGAUUCGCUCUGCAUCGGUAGAAGACGCGAAGGAAUCGAAACAGACGAAACGGUAGUAUUGUUCGUGAAAUUAAUGGGUUCAACCCCGGCUUCCUCUGGAACCUCAACGCCAAUCGUCAUCGAGGAGCCAAAGAGCCUCCCACAAGAACUCAUCACUCGCAUCCAAGCUGCCAUCCGCAAGGAGUUGAGCGCCAGACACGUUCCGGCGAUAGUCGACUCCUGCCCUGAGAUUCCUGUCACAUCUAACGGCAAGAAGGUUGAGAAUGCAGUGAAGCAGAUUCUCUGUGGGCUGAAUAUCAAGACCGGUGCCAGUGUUGCAAAUGCUGCAUGUUUGGACUGGUACCGCAAAUGCAAUGGCCUGCGCGUCGCCACGGAGUCUCUUCCAGGCCCCUUCGCUGGCGUCGGGGUCUACAUCGACGCUGGAUCGAGAUACGAAAACAACGAGCUCCGUGGCGUAAGCCAUAUUGUCGACAGGCUAGCAUUCAAAUCAACGUCGAAACGGAAUGCGGACCAGAUGCUCGAAUCCCUAGAGAGCCUGGGCGGAAAUAUACAGUGCGCUUCGUCACGAGAGUCUCUCAUGUACCAGUCUGCCAGCUUCAACUCGACCGUACCCACGACCCUUGGUCUAUUAGCAGAGACUAUCCGAGACCCCCUAAUUACGGACGAAGAGGUUGCUCAACAAUUGGCUGUUGCCGAGUAUGAAAUUACGGAACUUUGGGCGAAGCCGGAGAUGAUAUUGCCGGAGCUGGUGAAUAUGGCUGCUUACAAGGAUAAUACUCUGGGAAACCCAUUGCUCUGUCCUCGGGAGAGGCUGGAUCAGAUUAACAAGUCGACUGUGGAAAAAUAUAGGGGUGCAUUUUUUAACCCGAACAAAAUGGUGGUUGCAUUUGCCGGAGUUCCUCAUCUCGACGCCGUGAGGAUGACAGAGCAAUACUUUGGCGAUAUGAAGAACCAGAACUCUCCUCUUUUGGCCCAAGUCGGAUCAGAAACGUCGUCCAUAAUAAGCGAAGAGGAAGUCCCGACAGUCCCAGCCUUCUCGCCGUCCUCUACCACUCCUACCGAGUCGCCCGACUCCUCAGCACCGCAUACUCCUUCAUCAACUCCACCUUCGUCUCCCUCCUCUCCCGGCCUCCUCUCCAAGAUUCCCUUCUUUAAAAACCUCUCUACUUCCGCCUCAAACCAAGCGACCGUUUCCCCGCUUAACUCUUCUCUCCUCCAGUCGGACAAAAUCGACAUCUACCAACCAGCCCAUUAUACCGGUGGCUUCAUGUCUCUCCCACGCAUACCUCCUCCAGCAAACCCCGCCAUGCCUCGCCUCAGCCAUAUCCAUCUAGCCUUUGAGGCUCUCCCCAUCUCUUCUCCAGAUAUAUAUGCUCUCGCAACACUCCAGACCCUGCUAGGUGGCGGUGGAUCAUUCUCUGCUGGUGGUCCUGGCAAAGGAAUGUAUUCACGAUUAUACACCAAUGUCCUAAACCAACAUGGCUGGGUAGAAAGUUGCAUGGCCUUUAACCUCAGCUAUACCGAUAGCGGUCUAUUUGGCAUCUCAGCCUCCUGCGCCCCUAACAGCAUAGCUAACAUGCUUGAAGUGAUGUGCCGCGAACUCCAGGCCUUGACGCUCGAUUCAGGCUACUCCGGCCUGCAGAUACAAGAGGUCAACCGUGCCAAAAACCAGCUUCGAUCAUCCCUACUCAUGAACCUGGAAUCGCGUAUGGUUGAGCUCGAAGAUCUAGGCCGACAGGUCCAAGUCCACGGCCGCAAGAUCGGUGUCCAGGAAAUGUGUAAACAGAUCGAAAGCCUCACGGUUGAUGACCUGCGACGCGUUGCUAAGAUGGUAUUCGGGGGCAAGGUCGAAAACCGUGGCCAAGGAACCGGCAGACCUACUGUCGUUAUACAAGAAGGCGAGAUGGAAGGCGCUAAACUUGGGCCACUACAAUGGGCUGAGAUUCAGCAACGAAUUGCUAAAUGGGGGUUGGGUCGUCUGUGA